GGAGUGGCAAGCGAUCACCGAUCCCUGAGUUCCCAUCGAUCCCAGCGUGCGCAGGGGGAAGAGAAGAGCGCCGAGCUGCUGAUCGGGGGCGCUGGGUUUCGGCGCCAUCUCUAGGAACGGCCAGGGGAGCCCAGGUCUUUGUGCUGUGGCCACCAGAGCCUAGAGGAUGUUUCAUGGGAUUCCAGCCACUCCAGGAAUGGGAGCCCCUGGGAAUAAGCCAGAACUGUAUGAGGAAGUGAAGUUGUACAAGAAUGCCCGGGAGCGGGAAAAGUAUGACAACAUGGCAGAGCUGUUUGCGGUAGUGAAGACAAUGCAGGCGCUGGAGAAGGCCUACAUCAAGGACUGCGUCACCCCCAACGAGUAUACCGCAGCCUGCUCCCGCCUCCUGGUCCAGUACAAAGCUGCCUUCCGACAAGUUCAAGGCUCAGAAAUCAACUCCAUUGAUGAAUUCUGCCGCAAGUUUCGACUGGACUGCCCACUUGCCAUGGAGAGGAUCAAGGAGGACCGGCCCAUCACCAUCAAGGAUGACAAGGGCAAUCUCAACCGCUGUAUUGCUGAUGUGGUCUCGCUCUUCAUCACAGUCAUGGAUAAGCUGCGCCUGGAGAUCCGAGCCAUGGAUGAGAUCCAACCAGACCUGCGAGAGCUAAUGGAAACCAUGCACCGUAUGAGCCACUUGCCCCCAGACUUUGAGGGCCGCCAAACCGUCAGCCAGUGGUUGCAGACCCUGAGCGGCAUGUCUGCGUCUGAUGAGCUCGAUGACUCUCAGGUGCGCCAGAUGCUCUUUGACCUGGAGUCAGCCUACAAUGCCUUCAACCGCUUCCUGCAUGCUUGACCCCCGGCACCUCGUGUGGGGGCAUUAAGAAGACAACCUUAGGAGAUGCUUCCUGGUUCUUUUGUGCUCCUACUUGCACUGGAUUUCUGUGUUGCUAGGACUUCACCCCCAAUAAAGAUGCUGUGUGACCCUCC